AUGGCCAAAAGACACUUAGGGUUAGGGAAGGCAGCCAAAGAAAAAGCCAAGAAGCAAAAAGUCGAAGAAGCCGCAGAACCCAAGGAAGCAUCUAAUGAGCUUACUGUUGAAUUGAAUGAAGAAAUUGAUGCAAAUGAUGAUUUUGGACAAUUGAAAGCGUUAUGGAAGACAUACGAGGAAAGCUCCAAGGAGAACGAGUUGGUUGUGAAUGGGAUAAUACACGAAUGUGACCGAAUGUUAAGAAAUGAUACUGAAGGAAAGUUGAACGAUGAAUUUCAUUCAAUAUACGCAAAAGCAUUAUCAAGUUUAUCAAUAUACAAAACUGAAGAUAAGGAACAAGUCAAACAAUUUUUUGAAGCAUCAUUAGAAAGAAUUGAACUUGGAUUAGAAAAAUAUGCAGAAUCCAUCAGUUUAUUAUUUGCCAAAAGUAAGAUAUUAAUUGAUAGAAUUCCUUUAUUAAUUAUUAGUCAAUUAACUAAUGAUAGUAAAUUAACAAAAGAAAACAAUGUUUCAAAAUUAUUAGAUGAAGCGCUUGAAAUAUAUGAAGGAGCUGAAAAGCAAGCUAUUGACAAGAAACAAUUUGAAUAUUUUAAUAGAGAAAAUCUGGAAAUAUUACAAGCACUUGAUGAUUUAUUAGACAUGAUUGAUAAUUUUGGUAAAGAAAUUAUGGAAGGAGAAGAAAGUGACGAAGAAGAUGGCGAAGCCGAAAUGGUUUCUAAUACAUUAAAUGAAAAACAUCCAUUAAAUAAGAUUAGACAAAGUGAUAAAUAUAAUCAAUGGUGGAGAGAUCAUAUAUUAAUUUUCUAUCAAAAUUUACCAAAAGAAACCGAUGAAAAAUUAGUAAUUGAUAUUUGUGGUAGAAUUGGCCAAUCAUAUUUAUUAGAAGCUGAAUUACCAAUGAAUAUAUAUACUACAAUUAAAUAUGAUGAAGAUAACGAAUUACAAGAAAUUGAAGGAAUGGAUGAAAAAUCAAGUCAAUUAAAAAGUCAAGAAUUAAUUAAAUUAGCUAUUGAAUAUUUAAGAAAAGCCCACGAUUCAAAAGAACCCGAUAGUUGGGUUAAUAUUGCAGAAGCCUUAAUAAGUUUAGGUAAUUUAUAUGAAAUUGAUAGUAAAGAACAAGAAGAGAAUUAUCAAGAAGCGGAAAAAAUUUUGCAAAAAGCAAAUAAUGCCACUAAUGGGAAAUAUGAAGAUAUCUUAGAAAAUUUAUUAAAUAAUUAA